ACUUUCAAUAAUUUUAUUUAAAUAUAUAUAAAUGUGCAUAGAUAAUAUAGUUUAACUUAUUCAUCAUUGUUGAUGAUUUGAUAAUUAUAUAUGUAAAAUAUGUUGUCUUGGCAACUGUAUCCACUGACUCGCUCCUUCAGAAUUAAUCGGUUUCGAUAAAAAUUUUCUAAGACUCGUUAGAAAAUGGAUGGUUGCUUCGGCUAUCAAGAAUUAAAGGCGUUGCAGGAUUUAAUUAGCGUUCCAAAAGAUGAUUCAGAUUCCGAAGAUCUGUUGCAAGCUAGCACUGGGAAACUCGGGCCUGGUGACAUUGGUAUUAAGCAUGGUACGUCUCAGCAACACGGCGGUCCACAUGCACCAUUGAAGGCAGAUGAUGAUGACAUUUGGCACCCGUCUGAGGUAACCACUGUGCAAAAUUCGGAAACCUACGAUCCAAGAAAGGUGCCGGAAUAUGAGAUGAAAUUUAAACAAUCUGUGACGGCAGAAGACGUCUUCUUAGGUAUGGGUUUUAAAACGCCAAGCACCUCUUCCUGCGAAUGGCUAUCUAUAUCCAUAAAGAUGCCAAAUGAGACGCGCGAGAAGAUCGAGCUCUCAGUGGAACCGGAAGCGAUUGAUGUACGUAGUCCAAGAUAUCGACUGCACCUUGCAACGCCUCACCCGGUUGAUCCAAAUUCUUCAUCAGCCAAAUGGCACGGUGAUAUUUGUAUUUUGGAGGUUAUACUAAGGCUUAUGCGUGAAUUAGACAAUGUGAAUUUCUAAUUAAUAAUUGACCAGAGUUUUUAAUUUUACCUGUACAAAACAAUAUAAAGUGUGUGCAAUAUUAUUGAAA